AUGGAGGGGCUGGGCCUUGGGGUCGCUCUGGGAACGCUGCUUCUUGGCUUCCAGGUCCUGGGCUGGGCCACGACGGGGAAUCCGCACUGCAGGAAAGACUUCUACGAGCUCAGCGUGCUGAUGAUGAGCAGCUCGGCUUUCCCCGAGUCGCUGAAGUUGGUGAGGCCGGCGGUGGAACUGGGGGUGAAGCUAGUGGAAGAACUUCUAAAGAAAGAAGGCCACGAUGUGCAAGUCAACGCCUCCUUCUUUGAGUCUGAAAGCCCGAUCUACAGGUCGACCGACUGCCGCUCCAGUACGUGUGAGGGCCUGGAUCUGAUCAAGGGAAUCCUGAAGGGAAAGAAGAUGGGCUGCGCUCUCAUGGGACCCUCGUGCACCUACGCCACCUUCCAGAUGUACCUAGACAUGGAACUGGACCUGCCUACGAUUUCAGCCGGAAGUUUCGGCCUGUCGUGUGACUUCAAGGAGACCUUGACCCGAUUGAUGACCCCGGCCCGGAAGCUCACCAACUUUCUAGUGGACUUCUGGAAGAUGUCCAACCUGCCCUUCAAAACCACCCCCUGGAAAACCUCCUACGUGUAUAAAAACCAGAAUCUUUCCGAGGACUGUUUCUGGUACCUCAAUGCCCUGGAAGCCGGAGUCACCUAUUUCUCAGGGAUCCUCGAAUUCAAGGAGGUCUUACGGAACGAGGAGCAGUUCCAGGCUUUCCUGACGGAUCAGAACCGGAAGAGUAACGUGAUCAUCAUGUGCGGCACCCCCGAGAUCGUGUCUGAGAUCGUUGGGGGACGGCAAGUAGAUGAAGACAUCAUCAUCAUUCUUGUGGAUCUCUUUAGCAGCAAGUACUUUGAGGACCCAAAGCAGUCUGCUGACUACAUGCACAAUGUCCUUGUAGUGACCCUGCCGCCACCGCCGGAUAAUUAUACCUUCGGAGAGGGUUAUCCUCACGGAUCCUCCCUGUUUGCAGUGGCUUACCUAGACGGUGUCUUGCUCUUUGGUCACAUGUUGAAGAAACUGCUCCAAAACAAGGAGACUCUGGACUUCAGCUUCGGCCGCCUGUUCCGGAAUCUCACUUUCCCAGGGGCACUCGGUCCUGUUACGGUGGAUGAGUUUGGGGAUGUGGACAGUAAUAUGACCCUUCUGUACACUUCGAUGGGCAACAAUAAAUACAAAGUCCUCAUGCACUAUGACACUCACCAGAAUAAGUCCUACCCCAGGGACCCCGACCCAACGUUCAUCUGGAAGAAGGGGAAGCUACCCAGCGACAAGCCAGGACAGGGCCUCCCCUUCCUGAUGAUUGUGACCUUCGCCCUCACGGGAGCUGUGUUUCUCAUCCUGCUGAUUGCCCUGCUGAUGAUCUGGAAGUACCGCCGGGAUCAUGAACUGCGCCAGAAGAAAUGGUCCCAUAUUCCCUCCGAGAAGAUCCUCGCCCUGGAGACCAACGAGUCCAACCACAUCAGCCUGAAGAUUGACGAUGACAAGAGGCGUGAUACGGGCCCGAGGCUGCGACAAGGCAAAUAUGACAAAAAGAUCGUGAUCUUGAAAGAUCUCAAAUACAACGAUGGUAACUUCAGCGAGAAGCAAAAGAUAGCCCUGAACAAGCUGCUCCAGGUGGACUACUACAACCUGACCAAGUUCUACGGAACGGUGAAGAUUGACGCCACCAUCUUUGGGGUGAUCGAAUACUGCGAGAGAGGGUCCCUCCGGGAUGUCCUGAAUGACUCAAUCUCCUACCCCGACGGCGCAUUCAUGGAUUUGGAAUUUAAAAUCUCCGUCAUGUACGAUAUCGCCAAGGGAAUGUCCUACCUGCACGCCAGCAAAACGGAAGUGCACGGACGCUUGAAGUCCACCAACUGCGUGGUGGACAGCCGCAUGGUAGUGAAGAUCACUGAUUUUGGCUGCAGUUCGAUUCUGCCUCCCAAGAAAGACCUGUGGACGGCUCCCGAACACCUCCGGCGUGCCAGCGAAUCCCAGAAGGGCGACGUUUAUAGCUACGGCAUAAUCGCCCAGGAGAUCAUCCUACGCAAGGAGACCUUCCAUACCCUGUGCUGCUGGGACCCCAAAGAGAAAAUCUACCGAGUGGAGAAGGCCGAAGGUUCGAAGCCCUUCCGCCCAGAUCUGUUUUUGGAGAACGCAGAGGAAAAAGAGGUGGAGGUCUAUCUGCUGGUGAAGAGCUGCUGGGAGGAGGAUCCGGAGAAGAGGCCCGACUUCAAGAAAAUCGAGAGCACUCUGGCUAAGCUCUACGGGAACUUCCACAGCCAGAACAGCGAGAGCUACAUGGACACCCUGAUCCGGCGCCUGCAGCUCUACUCGCGGAAUCUGGAGCACCUGGUGGAGGAGCGGACCGAGCUCUACAAGGCCGAGCGGGACCGGGCCGACAGGCUCAACUUCAUGCUCCUCCCCAGGUUGGUGGUGAAGUCCCUGAAGGAGACGGGGCUGGUGGAACCGGAGUUGUACGAGGAAGUGACCAUCUACUUCAGCGACAUCGUGGGCUUCACCACCAUCUGCAAGUACAGCACGCCUAUGGAGGUAGUGGACAUGCUCAAUGACGUCUACAUGAGCUUUGACCAUAUCCUGGACCACCACGACGUCUACAAGGUGGAGACCAUCGGCGAUGCCUACAUGGUGGCUAGCGGUUUGCCAAAGAGGAACGGCCACCGGCACGCGGUGGACAUCGCCAAGAUGGCACUGGAUAUCCUCAGCUUCAUGGGCUCCUUCGAACUCCGCCACCUCCCCGGCCUGCCCGUCUGGAUUCGCAUCGGCGUGCACUCCGGUCCGUGUGCCGCCGGAGUGGUUGGAAUUAAGAUGCCCCGUUACUGUCUGUUUGGAGAUACGGUGAACACGGCCUCCAGGAUGGAGUCGACUGGCCUCCCAUUGAGGAUUCACGUAAGUGGCUCCACUAUCGCCAUUCUCAAAAGGACACAGUGCCAGUUCCUGUACGAAGUAAGAGGAGAAACGUUUCUAAAGGGCAAGGGGACGGAGACCACGUUCUGGCUGACGGGGAUGAAACACCAGGAGUAUAACCUGCCCACGCCACCAUCUGUGGAAAACCAGCAGCGGCUACAGGCCGAAUUCUCCAAUAUGAUCACGGAGUCCUUGCGGAAGAGACAGGCGGAGGGCUUCAAGCGGCAAAAGCCUUCCCGGGUGGCCAGUUACCGGGAAGGCUCUCUGCAGUAUCUGCAGGUGGCCACUCCCGACCACAGCAGCGGCACAUACCUGUAGGCCUUGGAGACUUCAAAUUGCGGAAACGCGAAUCCCCCCGGCUCCUUCCCAGAGCAGGCCCAGGCCGGGAAGCCCCGUCCGUCCUCCGUAACGGCUCCGGAGACGCGCCUUCUCUUGCCGGACUCGAAGGCGGCCCGUCGACGGCGGGGGCUUCUGGAUCGUCGUGGCCGUUGUCUCGACGGUCGAUUUUCCCUGCCCAGCAGAGUCGGGGAAUGAACCGCGGCUUGUAUUUGCUUUUCCUCUGGGAUAGUAUCUCCCCCGAGCCCUCCCCUCCGUUGUUUUUCAGUCACCCCCCUCGUCACCCCUAUUUAAUUUGCCGUUUUUGGAGAUGGGCAUCGAUGUGUUUGGUGGCGAUGUCAUUAAAACCUCCAACGGAUC